AUGACGACGAGGAUGAUUCCCGGAGAUAUCAAAGGAGCAGCCAUCGAUGGACCACCGAGAGGAGGAGGAGGCUCGGGGGGCAUCAGGCAUCGGUGGAGCAACGUAAAGAUCAAAAUAGUCAUCAACUCCACUGCUGCGCAUCAUAUUGAGUGCGGAUGUCCCGCAGCAUCUCAAAGGCAGCCGCGAUCGAUUGUAUCGCCGAGAGUGCUGAAAGACAGCACCUUAUACUCGACAAUCAUCACCACCACCGGCCGUAUUUUCAACGGCAAGCCUAGUAGAAGGGGUGCUUGGCCUUGGCAGGUGUCUCUUCAGCUACUACACCCGAAACUCGGCUUUAUCGGUCACUGGUGCGGCGGUGUGCUGAUCGAUCCUAAAUGGGUGAUUACCGCCGCUCAUUGCAUUCACAACGAGCUGUUCAAUUUGCCGAUCGGUGCAUUGUGGACAGCAGUGGUGGGCGAAUGGGAAUUAGACUCGGGUGGACGUGGAUCCGCUCGGUUGCCCGUCGAAAAAGUGAUUCUCCACGAGAGAUUUAACAAUUAUGUGCACGAUAUAGCCUUAAUGAAACUCGCCAGGCCGGCGCCCUUAUCCAAAGUCGUCCGCACUAUCUGUCUUCCCGACCCCGAAGAGAAUCUUGACGAAGGACAAUGCAUAGCCUCCGGCUGGGGCAGAUACGGCCCUUCGCCUUCGCUCUCUACCGCCCUUCUAGAAGCCAGCGUUCCUCUUCUGAAUCUCGAGGAAUGCCUGCAAGCCUACGGCACUUCUGUGCCUAUCAAAAACGGUCAUCUUUGCGCUGGCCACACCGACGGUUCUUCCGGAAGUUGCGUGGGUGACUCCGGAGGACCUCUGCAAUGUCGUCGCGCCGACGGAGUGUGGCAGCUGGUCGGCGUCACAUCCUUCGGCUCCGGCUGUGCCAGACCAGGCUACCCGGAUGUGUACACCAAGAUACAGCACUACCUGAACUGGAUUAACAAGACGAUCGACGCUGACGACGACAACGAGCAGCGUAGCAUACUUUCAUCGCGCCGAGGAAAGUGAACGAGAAAUCCAGCUGGUGAGAGAAGAGAGAAGAAACGAG